GCUCAAACCAAAUUCUACUCUCUCUUGUAAAGAUAGAGAGGCAGAUCAAAGGUUUUAUUGAACUGAAGAAAAAAGAUGAAGCCGGCCGCUAAGGAGGAGGAAUUAGGCCCACAUCCGGUGAAAGAUCAACUUCCCGGAGUCUUCUACUGUCUCAACAGCAGCCCUUCCUGGGCGGAGUCUAUCAUCCUCGGGUUUCAGCACUAUCUGGUCAUGCUAGGGACUACUGUUAUCAUCCCCACGAUUAUUGUUCCCCAAAUGGGAGGCACUAAUAAAGAGAAAGCUGAAUUGGUACAAACUUUGCUCUUUGUUGCUGGGGUGAACACACUGCUGCAAACAUGGUUAGGAUCCCGUCUUCCUGUUGUGAUUGGUGGCUCGUACAGAUUCAUAAUUCCAGUCAUAUACGUGGCAUUAUCCGAUAGAUUCAAUUCAUAUUCUGAUCCUCGUGAGGUUGUUGACAUAUUCUUCCGCUCUUUGAUAUUGUUAGAUUCUCACAUAGACUAUGAUAGACAAAGACAUAUGGACAUGUAAUGUCGUGGUUUUACUAGCAGUCAAAUUUAACCUUUCAACCCAAGGCCUUUAGAACUCAUCUUUCUUCUUGUAUUAAUCUGAUGUGGGAAUCUGACAUCGGAAUUUUGUAUCUGAAGUUCAUGUUCUCACCUUUUCUUGGUUAUGGAUUUUAAGCGGUUUAAACAAACGAUGAGAGCAAUGCAAGGGGCUCUUAUUAUUGCAUAUAUUCAACCCAUGUAAAUUGGAUUGCUGGGGCUAUGGAGAAUUGUUGUGAGGUGAGCAGUUUAUUUCUUCACAAGCAUUUGAUUAUAAUUUAAUUGGAGCUUAAUAUAUUCCGUUUAAGAAAUUCAGCUUUGUGCAAAUUUUGGUAAUAUAAUGUAUAGUAGGUUCUUGAGUCCUCUUUCUGCUGUUCCUUUGGUAUCACUUGUCGGCUUUGGGCUGUACGAACAUGGUUUCCCGUUGGUAAUCUAACUUCAACUAUACGCACUACAUGUAAUAAUUAAGCUUGACCUGCCCUUGGGUGUUAAAGUGUCCUAAUAGUAAGGUGAACCUAAUUUCCAAAUUUACAAAAUAAAGGAGAACCAUCUUGAAUAUACGUGUUUGACUGUGCUUUUGACUGCGCAGUUAUCUUCAAGAAUUCAUUUGAAUGCCUUCCCGAUUGAAGUUUUAGCUAAAAUUUGGUAUGAGUAAACUAGACUUCAUGAAUACGAUGCACAAAAUAUUUCAUCAAAAAAUUCCACCGAAAACCACACCAAAUGGUGACGUCCGGAUAGAGCCUCCUAAAUAAGGGCUUAUUUGACCUUUUUUGGUUAGUACAUGGGCCUAUUUGCACCUUUACCCUAAAACAUAACUUUAAACGUAAUCGAAUAAAAAUUGAGAGAGGUACAUUAGGACAUUAUAUAUUAUUAUUUUCGAGAACUUGAUUAAAAUGUUUUCUUAAUUAGAAACUAUUAAUUUAAUUUAGAAUUAAAUCAAAAGUCUAGUUUCAACUAUGUUAUUAAAAUGUGAUUUAUAGCCUUAGAGCCAUUAACUAAUUAUAGCAUAAGCGACUCUUACUACGUACUCCCCUGUCGUUAAUUUAAUUUUUGGUGUUGGUUAAGCUUUUCUGGUGAACUGUUUUUUCAUUUACUAAUUUAGUCCGAAUAGUCUCUCUAUGAGAAGGGACCAUUUUAGUUUUGAUAUCCGUUUCAGUGAAAUAUCAAUCUUCUGAAUUAAUCUAUUUGUUUUUAGGUAAUCAUAAUCAAUGAAUUAUACUUGCUUUAAGUGUCUUCUAUUUUUGUAUUAAGCCUCUUCAUUUUUAAGCUUACUCCUUUGUUUGUUUGUUAUGGAAAACUUCUGUGUACCAUUAAAUGGGUGGAUGUGUAUGAUAAGGUUAGAGGCAUGAAAACAGAUGAGUAUUAGAUGAGUAUGGUACUUUAAGUGUUAAUUCAAAUAAGCAAUUAAAAAUGAAUGAACCAUAUAUCCUUACUAAUCAAGCGAGACAAGCUUUCUAUGUUACUGACAACAUUGAUAAAGGCUGGCUGCUUAUUGCAAAAAACAGAGGAAGAAACAUUCCCGAUGAUGUUUUGUACAAUGAAGUAUAUUGAAAUCCUAAAUUUCCAGAAAACCCAUUGGUAAGCGUUUGUUAUUUAUAAUUUGUUCUAUGUUUUACUACAUUUACUUUUCUAAUUUAAUAUUUACACAAAAAAUCAUUGUUGAAGGAGGUGACUCUUUUAUUUCCAUGAUGAAUAUGACUGGAAAUAAGAGAGGAACAAAUAUAUUUGAAACAAAUAUAUUUGAUGAUGGUAGUGAACUGGAGAUUUGACAUCAUUACAAGAUUCAAAUGGUAAUGGUUUAACAUAUAAUGAUUGUUUCCAUUUCACUUUUUUGUCUAUAUUGAACGUUUCACGUUAGUGUCCGUCUUGUUCGAAGGAGGUGGCCAUUGCCCUACUAAAAAUAAAAUAGUUCGUGAAAGUACAUGCAUAACAAAAAUUGGUGUAGACGUUAGAACCACCGUAAUGGAUGGAGACCAGACAGCUCUACAAAAUCCAAAUGGUAAAAGUGGAUCCCUGUGCAAUUCAUAUAUCUCCCUACUUAAUUUAGACAGCAACUUUCUAAAAAGAAAACUAUGCUUGUUAAUAUAUGGGGCCUCCUAUAUAUAUUAACCUUCUAUUGUGUUCUUGGGAGACCUGAAAUCGAUUUUCUAAGAAUGUCACUUGCGGUGAAGGUGGGGCCUCCUAUACUAAUAAUGAGAAAAUAAUGAGUCAUAACAAGCAGGAGGAAUGUUCUUGAUGUUGUGACUCAGAAUCAAAGGAAGAUCAGAUAGUCGUACAAGAUCUAAAUGAUGUUGACUCUUGUAGUACUAGAAGAAAUCAGUGAAAAAAAAGAAGGGAAGAAACAAGUGUAAGAAAAUAGCAAGGCUGAAACCUGGUGAGAAACUUGAGACAGGUGUUGGUGACUUCAUUCCAAGUAGAUAGAUUCCUGAAAUCAAGUUCAAUACCAUUGCCCUUCUUUAGAAACACAUAAUGCAUAUUGUUUGAGCUCUGAAAACUUCAUGCAACAUUAUUGGAAUAGUUUUGCCACUGGUGUGUGAUUUUUCAUGUGAAGAGGCUUGUAAGGGUGAACCUAUAAGGUGUCUAAAGUCCUGGAUGGUAUGAUUAUCCGUGGCCAAACACAGAUGCUGAUCCUCACUAUUUCCUCAGGCAACUUAUUGGUUUCAACAAAACUAGGUUUAUCUUCUUUAUUGUUGCUGAAUAUAUUGUUAGAUUUUGAAAAGAAAUGGAGAUGAUGAUGCUCCAUGAAAGUCGGUGAAACUGGUGCCACGAACUCCAUCACAUUCAUCGUCAUCAUCAUAAUCAUCACAUGAAUAACCUAGGCAGGUACAAGGUUGGAGUUUAUGUUAGAGGAAGAUCUUAAGAGAGCUCCUUCAAAUGAUGUUACAGUUGCUCUUGGAGAUAAUCUAUAUAUGAUACCCCAUAUAAGAUAACCUCAAGCUGAUUUAUCAUGAAGAAUUUCCUAAAAGCAUUGAGAAGAGGAAAAGAGUUGAGAUCAUGUUUCAAGCAAAGGAGAGCUUACCUGGAAGAUCUAUUAGUUUUAUCAUUAUUUUAGAAUUAACUAAAAGUUAAAUGAUUACGUGUAAAUUAGAUUUUAGGUUUCUAUCAUGUAAGACAAUUUGAUAUUAUACGUGCAGCAUAUUGCAAUAUAAUAUCCUAUUCAAUUUAUUUAUUGGAAUAUAUUUUACAUAAUAUGGCCAGUGAAAACAAAUUUG